CUGCAACGGUGUCGCAGAACUGUCUGCUUUCGCUGCUUUCGUUUCGCUGCUUUCUUUCUUGGGGAAACAACAUUCACGACUACAUGUAGCAUUUUUGACUUGUUCUGCCGCACCCUGAUCUUGAUAUAGCCAAUGAAUUUGACACGAAAUGGUCGCAUACACACUUUGGACUCAACUAUAAAAGUUUGAAGUCGCUCGCGUUCAUGCCGUUAUCACCAUUUGCUUUUAAGAAUCGUUGCACAGUUGCACAAUCGCAAAGUAUUAAAAAAUCUGUACAUGCUAACAUUUUAGAUAAUUAACCUCGCUUUAUAAUUGAUUUAUAGCAAUCACGUGACCCUCGUUUUAAAUUUUAAUCUGUACAUUGAACAUUCACUAAUUGGACUGUCAUUGCAGGACACAAUGGAUUGGUAGCGGCAGCCUAUCUGCAGAAGGGGGGGCUGAAGACAGCAGUUCUGGAGCGUAGACAUGUGUUGGGAGGGGCAGCUGUGUCGGAGGAGAUAAUCCCAGAAACAUGGGCUGAAGGUGUAUAUGAGGGACCCCCAUGCCUUCACCCCAAUGCUGGAGGAGGGGGUGGGGGGAGCUCCCCCCAGGGCUCUGCUUCUUGGGGGAGACCUGGCCAUGAACCAGAGGGAGAUCAGCAAGUUCUCAGAGAAGGACGCCAAGGCUUUCCCAGAGUUUGUGACCCACCUGGAGAAGCUGGCUGGGGCUAUCCACCCCCUCCUGGACGCCCCCCCUGUGGACAUCCCUGGGAUCAUGGGGGGGUCACUCACCAAAAGGCUGGUUGCCCUCAAGACUCUGAUUCCCAUGGUCAAGUGUGGUAUGAAAUUGGGCAACAAUAUUCCAGACUUCUAUGAGAUUAUAACAGCGCCAAUAAUGAAGAUCCUGAAUCGCUGGUUUGAGUCAGAACCUCUCAGAGCCACCCUGGCCACAGAUGCUGUCAUCGGAGCCAUGACCAGCCCCAGCAACCCUGGCAGUGGGUAUGUGUUGCUGCACCAUGUGAUGGGAGAGCUGGAGAAGGAGAAGGGGGCGUGGGGCUACGUGGAGGGGGGCAUGGGUGGGGUGUCCAAGGCGAUCGCCAGCUCUGCCCGCUCCCUGGGAGCAGAUGUCUUCACUGAACAGAAUGUGCAGCAGGUCCUGGUUGGGGCGGAUGGCUCUGCCAGGGGGGUGGUCCUGCAGGAUGGCACAGAGGUCCACAGCAAGGUGGUUCUGUCCAACGCCACACCCUACCUCACCUUCAAACAUCUGGCCCCUCAGGGGUCCCUGAGCCCAGAGUUUCUCAAAGCUGUGGACCAGAUUGACUACACAUCCCCCGUCACCAAGAUCAACGUGGCGGUGGACAGGCUGCCUAACUUCCUGGCCGCUCCCACCCCUGAUGGCAAGGCGGGCCCCCACCACCAGUGUUCCAUACAUCUGAACUGUGAGAGUGUGGAGUUGCUGGAGACGGCUUACAAGGAUAGCCUGGAUGGACGACCCUCGUCCAGGCCCAUGCUGGAGAUGACGAUCCCCUCAGUGCUGGAUUCUACUCUGGCGCCCUCUGGCUGCCAUGUGGUGUCACUGUUCACCCAGUUCACCCCCUACCACCUGCAGGGGGGCCGGGACUGGACGGACCAGGACAGGGAGGCCUACGCCGACUCAGUGUUUGGCUGGGUGGAGCAGUACGCCCCUGGUUUCACAAGCUCCAUCGUGGGCAAAGACAUCCUAACCCCGCCAGACCUGGAGAGAAUCUUUGGACUCACUGGAGGGAAUAUUUUCCAUGGCUCCAUGUCAUUGGACCAGCUGUACCUGGCACGACCUUUGCCCUCUUUCUCUGACUACCGUUCACCAAUCAGAGGGCUGUAUCUUUGUGGCAGUGGCUCCCACCCAGGUGGUGGUGUGAUGGGCUCCUCGGGAUGGAAUGCUGCGCAAACUGUCAUGGCCGACCUGCGACGUGGCUGAAACCCUGAACCCUGGAGAGAGGGAGGGAGGGUGGAGAGAGAGAAAGGAAGAGAGAGGGAGAAUACAAUGAGGUGGAAAGAGUAAAGGAUAAAGACAGAAAGCAAUUGUUUUUAUUUGCAUAUUGUUGCCGCAAAGAAAAACAGCAACGUUUAAGUGAAUGUGACAUUCACUUAAAACUGCUAGACACUCCAAUGUUUAAACUUUAGAAUUAUACUCAUAAAACAUUCCGAAAAACAAUGUUUUCAUGUUGAAAUGAAUGAAUCCGGACCAGAUGUGCAGUGUUCUCAUUCUACAAGGCUCUUGAAGUGCUUAAUUAAAACCAUGUCCAAAGAUUGUUUUCCAUUCUCUUAUACAACAGCUUCAAUAAACAGUAAUGUCCCUCUUCUGC